CACAUGCGUCCUUUUCCCGCGAAGUGGAGCCUAGCUCUGUAGCUGAGCUGAUACCACGAGACUGUCCGUUUCUGCAAAACAACAUUUAUUUACAUUUUGGAUGACUACAAAAAAUGGCCAAGCAAAGCUCAAUUUUCAAUUUCUUCACCAAGUCUCCGCCUCCGGUGUCCAAGCCGAAGACGAGUCCCUCUCCCGUCGAGGCGGACCUGCCGUCCUCCGUGCACAAGUCCAACUCUUCCCCGAAGGAGCAAGCCAAACAAGCCGCCCCGCCGCAGCAGCAGUCCGCCAAGAGCAACAAAGCUAAGCCGAAAAGUGACUCAGAGUCUGGGAAAGGUGGGAUCAGCAAACUGUUUGGUGGCAAGGCGACGGCCGUCAAGGAAAGCAGUCCAUCAUGCUCUUUCAGUGCUGGAGCCCUCGUGUGGACAAAACUGGAGGGGCACCCCUGGUGGCCGUGCAUGGUGGUGCCCCAGCCUCUGAGUGGGCAGCAGAUGAGGGGCCGUGGUCGGGACCAGCGCUUGCAUGUCCAUUUCUUUGAUGAGCCUCCGACGAGGGGAUGGGUCAGCACCAAAUAUGUUCGAGAGUACCAAGGCUCUGGCAGCAGUGACGCUAAACCUGGCGGAGUGUUUUUCAGCAGCAAGCCUGUAAUUCGCCAGGCCAUGGAGCUUGCUGACAAAGUCAUGUUUGACAGCCCUGAGAAGAGACUGAAGAUGCCUCUGUGCAUGGAUCCAUCAGAUGAAGAAGAGGAUUAUGAGGAAGAAAUGGAGCUUGACAACUCAGCAGUGACUGAUGAAGAGGUCACUGAGGAGGAAGAACAGGAAAAUGAGGAAGUGAAGCCAUCCAAGCUCAGUCGUCGUUCAUCCCGUGCUGCAGCGGAAAAAGGAAAUAAGCCCAAGCGCCGUCGCAUCAUUGUAGCCUCAGACAGCGAUGGAUCAGACGAGGAAUUCAAACCAGAAACUGCUGCGGCCAGCAGCGAGGAUGAGGAAGAAGAAAAUACUGUGAGCAGUGAAGAGGAGGAGGAGGAAGAGGACAGCCAAGAAGAAUCUGAGGUAGACAGUCCAGUCAAGCCUACAAAGCGCAAACGUCCUCCAGCAAAGUCUGCCAAACCAAAACCCAAAGCACCCGCCGCCCCUGCUAAUGCCCCUAAACGAGCUCCACUGACCAUCGCUGCCGACGCAAAGUCUCGACUUUCUACCUUCUCUGCCCCAGACAGUUUUGAGAGCCAGGUAAACGGCUCAGGCGCCAGUGGAGGCGCCACCAUUUGGGACCACGAGAAGCUGGACUGGUUGAAAGAGGGCAAGAGGAAAGACAGUCGGAGGCGGCGGGAGUCGGAGGAUGACUAUGACCCUACUACCCUCUAUGUGCCCGAUGACUUUAUUAACAAAAGCACUCCAGGUAUGCGGCGCUGGUGGCAGCUCAAAUCUGAGAUGUUUGACACUGUGCUGUUCUAUAAGGUUGGGAAGUUUUACGAGCUCUACCACAUGGAUGCUGUGAUUGGAGUGAAUGAGCUGGGUCUGACCUUUAUGAAGGGUACCUGGGCACAUUCAGGCUUCCCAGAGAUCGGCUUUGGUCGUUUUUCAGACGUCCUGGUCCAGAAAGGCUACAAGGUGGCUCGGGUGGAGCAGACUGAGACCCCAGAGAUGAUGGAAGCACGCUGUAAGACCAUGGCUAAGCCCACUAAAUUUGAUCGUGUGGUGAAGAGAGAGGUAUGCAGGAUAAUCACACGUGGCACCCAGACACACAGUGUGUUAGACGGUGCUCCAUCAGAGAGUCACAGCCAGUUCCUGCUGAGUUUAAAGGAGAAGGCUGAGGACGAAAGCUCAGGUCGCUGCCGUACAUACGGUGUCACUUUUGUUGACACCUCAGUGGGUUAUUUCCAUGUAGGACAGUUCCAGGAUGACCGUCACUGCUCCCGUCUGCGCACCCUGGUGGCACAUUUUGUCCCUGCGCAGGUGCUCUUUGAAAAGGGGAACCCAUCUGUUGAAACACGCAAAAUACUGAAGGCCUGUCUGUCGUCCGCUAUGCAGGAGGGACUUAAUGCAGGCACUCAGUUUUGGGACGCUCAGAAGACUCUUAAAACCUUGGCAGAAGAAGAUUACUUCAAAGAGAGUGUUGAGAAUGAUCAGGAGACAGGCAACAAUGUUCUUCCCACGGUUUUGAAAAACAUGACUUCUGAGAGUGAUUCACUGAGCCUCACCCCAAAGGAGUGCUAUGAGCUGGCACUCUCAGCAUUGGGUGGAUGCAUUUUCUACCUGAAGAAGUGUCUAGUGGACCAGGAGCUGCUCUCCAUGGCCAACUUUGAAGAGUAUGUUCCUGUUGAUGUUGAGAUGGAGAAAGCUGCCGGCCCUGCUAGCUUUUUUGCCAAGACUCGUCAGCGUAUGGUCCUGGAUGGAGUGACCCUUGCAAACCUAGAGAUCCUUCAGAAUGGGUCAGGAGGAACGGACGGCACACUUUUAGAGCGUUUGGACACGUGCUCUACCCCAUUUGGCAAAAGGCUCCUCAAGCAGUGGCUCUGUGCUCCGCUUUGUAACCCAACAUCCAUUGGGGACAGAUUGGAUGCAGUUGAAGACCUGAUGGGUGUUAAAGCUCAGGCUACUGAAGUUUCAGAACUGCUGAAGAAGCUCCCAGAUCUGGAACGCCUUCUGAGUAAAAUCCACAGCAUCGGCACUCCUCUCAAGGGCCAAGACCACCCGGACAGCAGAGCAGUUCUGUAUGAGGAGGUCACCUACAGCAAGCGCAAGAUAGCAGACUUCCUCUCAGCACUGGAAGGCUUCAAAACUAUGCAGGAAAUCAUCUCUGUCCUUGCACCAGUUUCAGCCGAUUUUCGUUCCAUGUUACUCCGCCAGGUGGUCCACUUGAAAACUGACAGUAAGGAUGGGCUCUUCCCCGACCUUUCCUCUGAACUCCAGCGCUGGGAAACAGCCUUCGACCACCAGAAAGCCCGCACUACCGGUGUCAUAACGCCCAAGGCUGGCUUUGACCCGGAAUAUGACCAGGCUCUGACUGGAAUCAAGAACUGUGAAAGAGAGCUGCAGGAGUAUCUGGACAGGCAGAAGAAGAGACUCGGCUGCAAGAUCAUGGCCUACUGGGGCACCGGGCGAAACCGCUACCAGAUGGAGGUGCCUGUGAGCGUCCCCGAGAAGAAUAUUCCAGAGGAGUAUGAAGUAAAGUCCACAAAGAAGGGGUGGAAGCGUUAUGUGACCAGAGAAAUUGAACGCCUUUUCUCAGAGCUUCAAAGCUUCGAAGAGAAGAGAGACGGUGCCCUGAAAGACUGCAUGAGGAGGCUCUUCUACAACUUUGACAAGAACUACCAAGACUGGAAGACUGGAGUCGAGUGCAUGGCUGUGCUCGAUGUGCUGCUGAGCUUCUCACGCUACAGUGAAGGAGGAGACGGCCCAAUGGCCAGGCCACAGGUGCUGCUCCCUGAGGAAAAUGACCAAUCGGCACCCUUCCUGGACCUCACUGGAUCCCGCCACCCGUGCGUCACGAAGACCUUCUUUGGAGAUGACUUCAUCCCUAAUGACGUCUUCAUUGGCUGCCCCGGAGGCAGCGAAGAGGAUCAGGAAAAAGGGCAUGCCUCCUGUGUCCUCGUCACAGGGCCCAACAUGGGUGGAAAGUCCACCCUCAUGAGACAGUGUGGGCUGAUCGUCAUCCUGGCCCAGCUGGGUUGCUACGUUCCUGCUGAGAGUUUGCGCUUCACACCAGUGGACAGGGUCUUCACCCGGCUGGGGGCCUCAGAUCGCAUUAUGGCUGGGGAGAGCACCUUCUUUGUGGAGCUAAGUGAGACAGCCAGUAUCCUGCACCAUGGGACCAAACACUCACUUGUGCUUCUGGAUGAACUAGGAAGAGGCACAGCCACAUACGAUGGCACAGCUAUAGCCAGUGCUGUCGUGAAGGAGCUCGCUGAGAAGAUCGGCUGUCGCACGCUCUUCUCCACACAUUACCACUCGCUGGUGGAAGACUACGCCAACAACCCUGCUGUGCGGCUGGGCCACAUGGCAUGCAUGGUGGAAAAUGAAUGUGAGGAUCCAAGCCAGGAGACCAUCACCUUCCUCUACAAGUUCAUCGCUGGCGCUUGCCCAAAGAGCUACGGCUUCAAUGCGGCUCGGCUCGCCAGCCUGCCAGAGGAGGUCAUCCAAUCAGGGCACAGAAAGGCCCGGGAGUUUGAGAAGAGCACCAUCAGCCUCAGAGUCUUCAAGAAGCUCUGCCAGUUCGCUGAAGACCCCACACUGGGAAAGACACACUUUGCCUCUCUCGUUCAGAUGAUUAACAACCUGUAAACACAAUUUGUUUGUAUUGGAGUAUUUUUUGUAGUUCACUGUUCCCAACAUUAAAUGAAAACACUACGAUAAUGAUCUAAUAAAGUUUAUUUUUAAAAAA